AUGGGGACAGAAAAAGCGACCAACGGAAAUCAUGGAGAGAAGAGCAAAAGCAAGAGCAAGGCGGUGCGCCACGUGGGGGACUCUCCUACGAAGUUGGGCGAAGACACCCCCAAAAAAGGGGAAUUCAAAAAAGCGGUGCCGAAGAAAAACAUCCUGGGUAAUUACAAAGUGAACAAAGGGCCCUUCCUGUCGAGCGAGAAGUUAGGCAAAAAUGCAGACUCCUCCGAGAAAGACGAUACACCCAGUGGGAACAACGAAGACAGUGAUGAGGAGAGCGACCUUAGCAUGAGUGUUGCACGGGGCGGAGGCACUCGAUCAGGGGGGGAUACCAUGGGUGCAAAAGGGGAGGCCACCGAUCAGAGUGGCCCCAGUGACAUCAAAAUUUUAGUGACCAAGGAUGAACCUCUGCACACGCUGCCAUCUGGAGCCGUGGAGAGGAGAGCCCCGCUGAACCCCUUUGCAUCCCCCAUUCUAGGAAAGUACAGGAGAAAAAAGAAAAACGCCAAAGUAAAGGUGAAGGAUCCAAGACUUAAUAACAACCCACUGGUAGGACGGUUAAUCGUUUGUAUAUCCUCGACGGCCAUCCUAUUUUGGGUCUUCUUCGCAGAGAUGAUAUUCAACUACAACACAUUUAAUGGAAGGUGUAUUUCGAAGGUACUCUACCCUAUAUACACAGAAAGUGUAAUAAAGAAGAGGGAACCUUUUUAUGUAUUCCUAGGUUAUGGAGCGUGUGAAUACAAUUUAGAGGAGAACGCAUCGGAUAGGCAUUUCAUUGGAACGAAAGCAUCCGAUAAAGGUUGGCCCACAAAUAAAGUAGAACAUAAUGCAGAUGGAAGAGGAGAUUCCAGUUGGGACAGUGUAAAUACACGUGUAUAUAAUCAGUUAGGGGGGUUGAACACAAAUUAUAUUAGAAACUAUGGGGAGAUUUAUCGUCUCUUUUGGUCUGUCUAUUUGCACGGUGGGUUCAUGCACAUAAUUUUUAAUGUGAUAUGUCAGAUACAAAUCCUUUGGAUGAUAGAACCCGAUUGGGGAUUCCUUCGAACUUUGCUUCUUUUUUUUAUAUCCGGUGUUACAGGGAAUUUAUUGUCUGCUGUUUGUGAUCCCUGUGGUGUCACCAUCGGAUCGUCCGGUUCGUUGUAUGGUCUGAUAGGAGCGCUUUUCACCUACCACAUAGAGUACUGGAAGACCAUUCCGAGGCCAUGCUCUGUGCUAAUCUUCAUGGUUGUCGUAAUAAUAUUUGGCAUUUUCAUUGGUAUGUUUGGGUAUACAGAUAAUUACGCUCACAUGGGUGGUUGUCUGGGGGGUAUACUCUACGGCUUUGCUACUAUAACGACUGUUUCCGCAGCAGAUAAGUGCACCUUAGGGGAACGUAUGUUGACUUCGCCUCCCUUUUCAUGGUUCCUGUCCAAUGAGACGAAGGAGUUAAUUAACGCCAAAGCGAAGGAAAAGAAAAUACGAGGAGAAAAUUACCGAAAGAAACAGAUCGCUAACAAGGUACACAAGGAAGACGCUUUCCAUGUUAUGAUGGCUCUCAUGAAGAAACGAAUCAAUGAUGAAGGAAGACCCCCAUGUAGAAUGAAAAUGCGAGAAUGGAUUGUCCGGAUUACUGCCGCCUCUGCUCUGAUCAUCAUGUGGAUCGUCCUCUUCAUCUACCUACUGAAUGAGACCGCCUACAAGUCCUACACCCCCAUGGGCCAAAUCAAAUUCACUGGAGUUCAUACCUGCUUCUGCUGCGAGGUCACCAAGGAAAAGUUCCCCUAUAUCAGCGUCGGCAACUUUUACUGGUGCUUCACCAACGAGGACGCCACCAAGUACUACUGCGGCAAAUAA